GCGGGGAGAGAUGGAGCUGAACGGGGCCUCUCGGCUUCCUCGGAUGGAGGGAGACUUCGGCUUUGGCCCGUCUGCGGGCGAGACCUCCGCAGUGUCCUUUGAGGAGGUGGCCGUGUUCUUCACGGAGGAGGAGUGGGAUCUGCUCAGUCCAGGCCAAAGAGAACUCUACUGGGAAGUGAUGCAGGACAAUUACGAGACGGUGGCCUCUCUGGAUGUGUUGGAUGUGGCGAUUGAGAAGGAACCAGAAAGAGAUGAAGAUCUGCAGUUAAAAGCGAAAUCUGGGGUUCAGGUGGUACCCAAGAGGGAGCAGAGAAGCAAAACGAAAGCAAAACAGAAGCAGAGGAAGAAUUUGGUUGCCCAUCAGGGUGAGAAUAUGCCUGAGGUCCCAGCCCAAGAUAAAAGCAGGAAGAGAAGGCUUCCAGUUGCAGUGAUUUUGAAAGGGUUGAUCUGCAAACUCAGAAUUAAAAAAUAUCACAACAUUACAACAUGCUGGAAAACAUAUAAAUGCUUGGAGUGUGGGAAGAGUUUCCGUCAGAAUAGCAGCCUAACUAAACAUCAUAGGAUUCACACAGGAGAGAAGCCGUUUAAAUGCAUGGAUUGUGGGAAGAGCUUCUGUCACAGAAGUGGGCUAACUAUCCAUCAACGGUUUCACACAGGAGAGAAACCAUAUAAAUGCUUGGAGUGUGGGAAAAGCUUCUCUGAGAAUGGCACCCUAACUAAACAUCACAGGAUUCACACAGGAGAGAAACCAUAUAAAUGCUUGGAGUGUGGGAAAAGCUUCUCUGAGAAUAGCAACCUAACUAAACAUCACAGGAUUCACACACGGGACAAACCAUAUAAAUGCUUGGAGUGCGGGAAGAGUUUCUUUCUCAAUAGUAGUCUAACUAUCCAUCAAAGGUUUCACACAGGGGAGAAACCAUAUAAAUGCUUGGAGUGUGGGAAAAGCUUCUCUAAGAAUAGCACCCUAACUAAACAUCACAGGAUUCACACAGGAGAGAAACCAUAUAAAUGCUUGGAAUGUGGGAAAAGCUUCUCUAAGAAUAACACCCUAACUAGACAUCACAGGAUUCACACAGGGGAGAAACCAUGUAAAUGCUUGGAGUGUGGGGAAAGCUUCUCUAAGAAUAGCACUCUAACUAGGCAUCAAAGGGUUCACACAGGGGAGAAACCAUAUAAAUGCUUGGAAUGUGGGAAAAGCUUCUCUAAGAAUAACACCCUAACUAGACAUCACAGGAUUCAUACAGGGGAGAAACCAUGUAAAUGCUUGGAGUGUGGGAAAAGCUUCUCUAAGGAUAGCACCCUAACUAGACAUCAAAGUGUUCACACUGGGGAGAAACCAUAUAAAUGCUUGGAGUGUGGGAAAAGCUUCUCUAAGAAUAGUACCCUAACUAGACAUCAAAGUGUUCACACUGGGGAGAAACCAUAUAAAUGCUUGGAGUGUGGGAAAAGCUUCUCUAAGAAUAGUACCCUAACUAGACAUCAAGGUGUUCACACUGGGGAGAGACCAUAUCAAUGCUUGGAGUGUGGAAAAAGCUUCUCUAAGAAUAGUACCCUAACUAGACAUCACAGGAUUCACACAGGGGAGAAACCAUAUAAAUGCUUGGAGUGUGGGAAAAGCUUCUCUGAGAAUGGCACCCUAACUACACAUCACAGGAUUCACACAGGGGAGAAACCAUAUAAAUGCUUGGAGUGUGGGAAAAGUUUCUCUAAGAAUAGCACCCUAACUAGCCAUCAAAGGGUUCACACAGGGGAGAAACCAUACAAAUGCUUGGAGUGUGGGAAAAGCUUCUCUGUGAGUUGCGCCCUAACUAAACAUCACAGGAUUCACACAGGGGAGAAGCCAAAUAAAUGUUUGGAGUGUGGGAAGAGCUUCUCUUCUAAUAGUAAUCUAAUUUCUCACCAAAAGGUUCACACAGGAGAGAAGCCAUAUAAAUGCUUGGAGUGUGGGAAGAGCUUCUCUUGUAAUAGUAAUCUAAUUACUCACCAAAAAGUUCACACAAGGGAGAAGCCAUAUAAAUGCUUGAAGUGUGGAAUUAGCUUUUUUCUAAAUAGCAAGCUAGCUAAACAUCAGAGGAUGCACAUAGGGGAUAAGCCAUAUAAAUGCUUGGAGUGUGGGAAGAGAUUUGCUCAGAAAGGUGAAUUAACAAAUCAUCAGAAGGUUCACAGGGGGGAGAAGCCGUAUAAAUGCAUGGAUUGUGGGAAGAGCUUUUCUUGUAGAAGUCAGCUAACUAUCCAUCAAAGGUUUCACACAGGGGAGAAACCAUAUAAAUGUAUGGAGUGUUGGAAGAGCUUUGCUCAGAAAGGCGAAUUAACAAAUCAUCAAAAGGUUCACAGGGGGGAGAAGCCGUAUAAAUGCAUGGAUUGUGGGAAGAGCUUCUCUCAGAGGAGCCAACUUACUAGCCAUCAAAAGGUUCACACAGGGGAGAAGCCGUAUAAAUGCAUGGAUUGUGGGAAGAGCUUCGCUCGUACUAGUGACAUAAUUAAUCAUCAAAGGGUUCACACAGGGGAGAAACCAUAUAAAUGCAUGGAUUGUGGGAAAAGCUUCUCUCAUAGUAGUCACCUAAUUAGCCAUAAAAGGGUUCACACAGGGGAGAAACCAUAUAAAUGCUUGGAGUGUGGGAAGAGCUUUGCUCAGAAAGGCAAAUUAACAAAUCAUCAAAAAGUUCACAGGGGGGAAAAGCCAUAUAAAUGUAUGGAUUGUGGGAAGAGCUUCUCUCGGAGGAGCCAACUAACUAGCCAUCAAAGGGUUCACACAGGAGAGAAGCCAUAUAAAUGCUUGGUGUGUGGGCACAGCUUCUCUCAUAAUAGUACUCUAAUUAAACAUCAAACGGUUCACACAGAGAAACCAUAUAAAUGCUUGGAGUGUGGGAAGAGCUUUGCUCAGAAAACCCAUUUAACAAAUCAUCAAAAGGUUCACAGGAGGGAGAAGCCAUAUAAAUGCGUGGAUUGUGAGAAGAACUUCUCUUGCAGAAGCAGGCUAAAUAUCCAUCAAAGGUUUCACACAGGAGAGAAACCAUAUAAAUGCUUGGAGUGCGGGAAGAGUUUCUUUCUCAAUGUUAGUCUAACUAGACAUCACAGGAUUCACACAGGGGAGAAACCAUAUAAAUGCUUGGAGUGUGGGAAGAGUUUUGCUCAGAAAACGCAUUUAAAAAAUCAUCAAAACGUUCACAGGACGGAGAAGCCAUAUAAAUGCAUGGAUUGUGGGAAGAGCUUUUCCUGUAGAAGUGAGCUAACUAUCCAUCAACGGUUUCACACAGGGGAGAAACAAUAUAAAUGCUUGGAGUGUGGGAAGAGCUUUGCUCAGAAAGUCAAAUUAACAAAUCAUCAAAAGGUUCACAGGGGGGGAAAGCUGUAUAAAUGCAUGGAUUGUGGGGAGAGCUUCUCUCGGAGGAGCCAACUAACUAGCCAUCAAAGGGUUCACACAGGGGAGAAGCCAUAUAAAUGCUUGGUGUGUGGGCACAGCUUCUCUCAUAAUAGUACUCUAAUUAAACACCAAACGGUUCACACAGGGGAGAAACCAUAUAAAUGCUUGGAGUGUGGGAAAAGUUUCUCUGAGAAUGGCACCCUAACUAAACAUCACAGGAUUCACACAGAGGAGAAACCAUAUAAAUGCUUGGAGUGUGGGAACAGCUUCUCUCUUAAUAGUGCUCUAAUUGAUCAUCAAAAGGCUCACACGUGGGAGAAGCCGUAUAAAUGCUUGGAGUGUGGGAUUAGCUUCUUUCUGAAUGGCUCACUCAUUAGACAUCAAAAGGUUCACGCAGGGGAGAAGCUAUAUAAAUGCUUAGAAUGUGGAAAGAUGUUUAGUGAGAGCCACAGCCUAAACUUACACCACAAGGUUCACACAGGAGUAUAGCCAUCUCAUCCAAGUUCUUGUGUGGAAAACCAGUUAGAGGGGCUGACCUUUCAUGCUUAUGACCGUGAUGUGAUUUAUGGUAACUGCCCUCACCAGGAACAUCUUUCUGCCUAAUUUCCUCCUCCUCCUUCAUUCCCCUCCGUUCUUAUUGUUAGCAUCAAAUAUAUGCAUGGAGGACUCUGGGUGAGCAAAACAUAUGUAUUUUUCUCUGUAUUCUGUUUAAGCCUCUCAUGUUAAUGGAUUAUUCACCAAGGUGGGGAGAUUGAUUAAUGCCUCAUGUUACCUUUUAUAAAAUGACGAGUGCUACAGUUUUCCAGUGAGUAGAACUUUCAUUCUGACUAUCUGAAAAGUUGUUAUAUUGUGGAUUAUAUUUCUAUUCCCCCCCUUGAUGACCAGUAAGUAAUAUAAUUUAUCAUCUUCUGUAUUUUUAGGUCUACAGUAACCCUUUCCUGGAAAUUUUUAUAGAAAUAAAUAGCUAAUAAAUUUACUAAAAAUUAUCAGUAAUUUUAAUAAAUUUUCUUCUGUAACAAUUUUGUUCGGAUCAGCCUUAUGCGGUUCUACACUUUUAGUCCAAAGGAGCGCUGAAUAACCCUUCCUGUUUUUUCAUUUUUCUGUCAUCUGAUUCAUAAUUUUUGUCAGUUUUAUUUUUAUUUAUUUUAUUUAUUUAUUUCAUUUAUAGUCUGCCUUUCUCACUGAGACUCAAGGCGGAUUACACAGUAUGAGAUUAGUACAGUCAAUAUCAGGAACAUUUCCAUAAACAAUGCCGUAGGGUACAUAGUUGCAACUUCAUAAAGACAUAACAUUAGCAGGUGAGGUCUAUGGUGCAUAACUCAUUAGGAAAGUAUCUGAGAUCCUCCUCCCUACACUACAGCCCUCCUAUCUGAGUAAAAAGUCUUUUUGCAUUUUGCAUCCUUUGAAAGCCAGGAGAGUGGGCCAUCACAAAGAAAGCCCAUCUUUGGGCUGCGGUUGACUUCGCUAUUUGUUGUGUUUCUUCCUAUGGCUGUGAAGGUUUAAAGUGUAUACAUCCAAAUGUAAAGAUUUGUAUUGUUACAGCAGAUGUUAGCUGGAAGCUUUUGUUCCUCUUUUUAACCAAGAGGAGACAGGUGAAAAUGUAGCUCAUCUUGUGGUAAUCAGACCAACCAGACCAAUUAAUCUACCCUGUCUCAGAAAUUAUUCUCCUCAGACAGCGUUUUUUUUCUGGGAAAAGAGGUGGCGGAUCUCUCAAGAGGGAAAUGAGGAAGAAACACAUGAGAUUCUUAAAAUCAUAUUAUUUGCAAGCACUAUUGCCGAGUAUUUUCAAGAGGUACCGGAACUCCGUUCCCCAGCGUUCCCCCUGAAAAAAAGCCCAGCCAUCAGAUGGAAAGAGCGGGUAUGGAUCCACCAUCUGAAGGUGAAUAAUAGGUGCCUGAUGGAUUCCAGUCAGUUGAACUUACCUGAUAGCAAGUGAGAAAAGUCUACAGAAGAUGUAUAAAUACCCAACGAGAUCAUUGGAAAUUCCUGAAGGCAAAGCAUUGUCCUGUGAAUGGAUUACUGAAUACCUUGCUUUGUGUUUUUCUGUUUUGCAUUUUGUAAUAUUUUACCUGUUUCCAGUCCUGGGAGGGGAGGGGUGAUGUAUUUCAGAUACAAACCACCUGUACUUUUGUUUUCCUGUAUUCUCCAGUCUCUAAGCACAUCUCUCCACCUCUGGUCAAGAUGAUCAUUUUGCAUUGUAAUUCUGAAUUGUUACCCUGGCUGGCCCUUCUUGGCAACAUCCCUCCCGCCUCCUGAAUAGGAUGUGAUGGCUGAUGGGUCUUCAUUCUGAUUUGCAUCUGACAAAGGGAGUUUUGAUUCAUAGAUGCUUAUACUCUGGAAAAUGUUGUCUUUUAAAGGUGCUUAAUAUUUUUUGUUCUAAUACCGGUCAACAGGACAACCCACCUGAAAUUCUCUCUUUUACCUUUGUAAGAUUAAUAGUUAUGUGAGAGUGUAAUGAGACAUCAAAGCCAUUCAUUCAAUCAAUUAUUUCUUUGUGACUGACUCUGUGAAUGAACGUUUAGGAUUCUAUAUGUAAUAGGAAACCACCAAGCUUGCUGAACCUCUUAUGAAUCUCACAUGAUCAUCAAUACUCUGCAACUAUUAUGCAUU